AUGUGCUUAAAUAAUAUUGGUUGUGUAUAUGAACGUGAAAAGGAAUAUGAAACAGCUUUAGAAUAUCAUGAUCGAGCUUUGAAGAUUCGAGAAGACUUUCUACCUGAAUAUCACUUUGAUAUUGGUCAAUCACAUCAUAAUCUUGGCAAUGUCCAUCGGGCUUUAGGUCGUUAUGAUUUAGCAUUGGAACAUUACUUACGAGCAUUAACAAUCAAAAACAAAUCCUUACCUUAUGAACAUCGUGAUGUUGCUUUAACAUUAGAAAAUAUUGGAAAUGUUUAUAAAGAUAAAGAAGAAUAUGAUCAAGCAUUAGAGUACUAUAAGAAAGCAGAGACUAUCUAUGAUUGCUGUUUACUACCUACUCAUGCAAAUGUUAUACAAAUCAAACAAUAUAUACAAUAUCUUUCAUAG